UUUGUAUUUAAGUGAUGUGUCACAAAACCGAAUCCAGUGCCGGUUGUCAAAUACUUAAGUUCCCUCUUUUCACUAGCUUUAUAACAGAAAUCGUGAAUUGUUCUAAGCACUGUUAAUUCCUAAUCACCUUCGGCAAACGAAGAGAUCGAAAUAUAUUGAACGGGCAUUCCUAAUUACAGAACAAUGGAGAAGUACAUUUUCGCAUUAGUGGUCCUUGUAUUAGCAACAAGUUCUUCGGGAUUGAAGGAGGAAGAUUGUGAAGUUUGCGUGAAGACUGUAAGAAAAUUCGGCGAAUCAUUAGAUGAUAGCACGCGGAAAAAUCCUAAAUUAAUCGAGGAGGAAUUUAAGAAGUUUUGUAAAACGUCUAAAAAUAAGGAGCAUAGAUUUUGUUACUACUUAGGCGGCUUAGAAGAUUCAGCGACCGGUAUCCUAGGCGAAUUAUCAAAACCACUUAGUUGGUCGAUGCCAGCAGAAAAAAUUUGUGAAAAACUGAAAAAGAAAGAUGCACAAAUUUGUGACUUGCGCUUCGAAAAACAAAUCGACAUUAACUCGGUAGAUCUUAAAAAAUUGAAAGUUCGAGACCUUAAGAAAAUUCUUAACGAUUGGGAUGAGUCCUGCGAAGGUUGUAUCGAGAAGACCGAUUUUAUACAGAGAAUAGAGCAAUUAAAACCAAAAUAUACUAAAACUGAAUUGUAAAUUAGCUUUAAUAGCAUUUUUAAUUUAUGUAUUAGAGUUAUGGUUUUUUCAUUUAUUCCACUCAUAUUUUAUAAAUAUCUCCCCAUAACCACGCAUUGGAAACUAGGAAAAUCGAUGAAGUAAUAACAAAUGAUGUUUGUUGAAACACAAAUAUAUUAAUAAAAAAUAAAUUUAUAAAAAAUA